AUGUCUGCAGUGUGGUCUGCUGCGUUGCGCGUGCUUUGCGGCCUGUCGGCGGUGGCGGCUUGCGGCGCAACAGACCUCCACACCCAGCACCGGCUCUAGAGGGCGAACCAGAGGCUAAACUGCCCAGACAACACGAAAGGUAUUUAAUGCAUGGGAUAACGGCCGGCACAGGUCGUGCUGACAGAUGACCCGUCGGAGAGGUAGGCGGAGCAGUCGGGCUGGUGGAGCUAACAACCCCAAAGGUCAACCGGCUACGCCACCGGCUACGCCUCGGAACCAGCCUGGCAGCUCUGUUACACCCGGAAGCGGGGGUAUGCAGCCAACAUGGGACCUUCGUCAGCAUACGGAAGGCACGCUAACCCCGCGUACUCCAGUGGUCGACAGCUCAGGGGGAGACGAAACAAGUGAACGUCCACGAAUCGGGAGCAGGAGAGAGGGCAACCUAUCCACUGAGGUGCGUACC